AUGUUAUUCAGAGUGUCGCAGGAUAUUAAUUAUAGAAACGAUUCUCACCAGGUAUUUUUUUCAAUUUUUGAUUCUCAAAAAUAUUCUAUUUUUUGCAGACUUGCUUGGAUUCCAGAACGAAGAUGAGUAUUGUUGGGGUGAGUUGGAAAGAUUCAUUUGUUGAGCUACAGUAACUCUAGAUUUUCAACCACCCUUCUUUCAGAUACUUCGAAAAACUGAUCCUCCACCGAAACGAAAAAGAAAAAGUGUGAGUUUCAUCGAUUCGAUCGGAGAAGUUUUGGUAAAUAUACGAGAGAUUCCGAAACGUGAACGUGAGUUUUAAAAAAUUGAUUUUAAUUUUUUUUAAACCUAAAUAUUUCAGAAGAUAAUGAAGUUCAUGUUUAUGAGCAAACGAAUGGAAAAUAUAUGAAACAUCAAGAACCGGUAAUUUUCAAUAAAAAUUUUCUCCGUUCCUCAUUUGUAUCCUCAACCCUGUGUAAUUUUCAGAUCAAAUUGACUCCUUGGAAAAUGGUGAAAUGUAUUGCACCGAACAAUUUGCUGAACAUUCCGCGAGAUGUUUCGAAAGCGUUUUUGGUCGAAGAAGAACGUCGAAUUCGUGAAGGAAUAUCAUCAGCUCCAUUAUUUGGGUACUUAAAAUUAUUGAUUCAUUUGAAAAUAAACCGAUACGAUACUUUGAUUUGAAUGGAUUUUAGGUUGAACACAAGAGAAUAUCAUUGACGGAAACAUUUCAGAAAAUCGAUAAAUUUUGAACCGAAAUGCUGAUUAUCCAAAAAUCUUCUAGAUUUACUGAAAAAAAUUCAUGUAGAACAGAUAUCAUCGAAUUAUGAGUUGAAUUUAUAAAUUAAAUUCGGGAGUUCUAAAAAUUAACCCAAAAAAAUUAUAAAUUUUUAAUCCGUUUCCAAAUAAGUUGACUGAUUUUUCUUCUGUAGAAAAACUCAAAAACCCCUAGAAAAAUUUCAGAUUCCCAAAAAAUUCAAAUUUUCAGAGAUUUCGAGAUGAUUGAUGAUCCUUUAUUAUACAUUGAUGCAUUGAAAAAACAAAAUGAACCAAUUCUUCAAAUUCCACUGUUUUUGCAAGCUGAAACUUCGAAAAUCGAGGAAAAAACAGAGGUUUCUUUGGAAUUCUAUUCAUUUUUAUCUAAUUUUAAAAUUUUUUCCAGGAAAAACCAUCUAAAUCUUCAUCAUUCGAUGUUUUAUCUUUGGUCAGUAAAUUGAAACAAAAAGGAAUUAUUUUGUCGAAUGAACAACCACAGCCACAAAUCAAUAAUAAUAAUAAUAUGGUUAUUCAUAAUAAUCCAGCGAUUUUCAAUGUUUUGAAACCGAAUCCGAGAAAUUAUGAUCAAAUAUGCACGUAUUUUGUUUUUCGAGAAGAUGGUUGUAGAUAUGGAAAUACUUGUCGAUUUAUACAUGAUCAGCAACAGGUUCGGAUGAUUUUGGGAGAGGAAAAUAAGAAUUUUGAAUAAAAAUUCUUAAAAAUUUAGAAGGAAAAAUUCAAAAUUUAAAUAUUUGAAUAAAACUGUAGAAGAACAUUUUUUCGAAAUUCGAAAUCUAAAUUCUGAAUUUUUACCAUUGGAAAUGACUAAAAAAUCCACGUGGCAAACAUUUUUCGAGUGAAAAAUCAUAUGAGAAUUGCCACGUGGAAUUUAACACAAACAUUUGCGAAGUUUCUUGAAAAUUUGAAUUUUUUGUGAAAAAAUCACCUAAUUUUUUCAGGGCUUGAAAUUACUCCAAAGUUUUUUUUUCAAAAAAUCUAAGAUUUUUUAAAUCAUUUCAUUUUGUUUUUUUUCAGCGCCUAAAAAUCCUCACAAAAAAGCAAGAAGAAAAAAUAAUGCUAUCAAUACAAAAACAACAAAACUCCGCAAUUCCGCCGCCUCCCCGAAAACGAAAAAAGUCGAUUCAGUGA